AUGCCGGGUGCCGCCUGCCACUUCCUCUGGGCCGGUCUGCUCCUCUGUGCCUUUUGGGGCCCCGUGGGGAGCGGGCGCCAGAUGGGCAAGCUGGCGGACAAGAAGCUGUGCGCGGAUGCCGAGUGCAACCAUCCCAUCUCCAUUGCAGUGGCGCUGCAAGAUUACAUCGCCCCCGACUGCCGCUUCAUCCACGUCCAGCGGGGCCAAGUGGUCUACGUCUUCUCCAAGCUGAAAGGCCGCGGGCGGCUCUUCUGGGGUGGCAGCGUGCAAGGUGACUAUUACGGGGAGCAGCCGGCCCGUUUGGGCUAUUUCCCCAGCUCGGUUGUCCAGGAGAACCAGUACCUGAAGCCUGGCAAGGUGGAGGUGAAGACGGAUAAGUGGGACUUCUACUGCCAGUGA